GAUAACCCCAUGACGUGGCAGACACAGUAUGGUAAAGCCUAUAUAAAAUUCCCUGUGCAUGCAUGUAUCUGGUGGUGGUCUGAGCCGCUGAUAAGGCUUUGCGGACUAUCUGACUUCAGUCUAGAUGAAGGAUGAGCUUCUCAGACAUAGACGUUGUCCAUCCUGCUGAUGCUCCCUCGUCUCAUCGUAAACUCUUGUGCACCCUCUGGUGCUUGCUAGUCUCCCAAACUUCUUUGUGUAGCCUGCUUUGCAGAUUGUCUUCCUUGUCUGUGUGGUUGCUCAUUAUUCAGAGACAGACGGAUCUCAGGUCAUCUGCAGCUGCAGCAAAGGAGAAGCAGGAAAGAUGGCGAUCAUCCAUUAGACCGACCGGGCGCACGCAUGAAAUACGAGGACAACUUUCGGGAGGAUCGCUUGAGGAGAAGAUUGUACCAGUGAGUUUUUCCCCUCUUGCUCUUAUAUUUCCAGUUUGGCCAAGAUUUCGGUUGGGCUUUCAAGGUCUGCGAGAACGUCUGUAUGGUAGAUCAUGGGAUAUAUUUUGGAGAGCGCCUCGUGAAUGACCUGGAAAGAGCUGAUCUCUCUCUCUCCCCCCUCCGUUUCUCCUUGUAGUCCAGGUUCCAGCCGACUUCUUUGGGGGGAGAGCAAAGCCGGGGCGAGAAUUUAGUCGGAGUGGGCGCUCCGGAUGGCACCCAUGCAGCCAAAGUCAAGUUUCCCUGAUUUUCCAGGGAGUGCUCCCUCUUUUAAACGAUGGAGGUAUUGCAGUGUGAUGGCUGUGACUUCCGUGCCGAGUCAUAUGACGACUUGAAGACACACAUUCAGGAAGUGCACACUGUUUUCCUGCAGCCUGCAGAUGCAGAUGAGUCUGACUCUGUGAAGGAUGAUGAUGAAGAUGAUGAGGAAGAGGAGGAGUAUGAAGAGAAGGAUGACACGGAUUAUACGUCUCUUAAUGCUGGACUGAGCCCAAACUCAUCUGACAGUACCAACCAAACAUCGCAGAAGCAGACAACCGAAACCAUGCUGCCGUUUUAUCAGUGCAAGUUCUGUGUCCGUUAUUUCAGAUCCAAGUCAUUCUUAAGAAACCACACCAAAAAGGUGCAUAAUGUUGUAGAGGAAGAUUCAGAUGCGAGCAUCUCCUCAGAAACGGCCAAGCAGCCCAGCUACGCUGUUAUAAUGCACAAUGAUCAUUCAAAAGUGUACUCUUGUCAGUAUUGCACAUACAAGUCUCCACGCAAAGCAAGGAUGAUAAAACACCAAAUCAUGUAUCAUAACAAGGUUCCCAUGGAAGGCACAGGAGACACUUCAGAAUAUACAGAGACAGGCGAGGAAUCUGACGUAGGCAGUGGACCUGCCAUGAAGGGUACAUUUGCCUGCGAAUGGUGUGAUUAUCAGACUGACCAGAAGGACAGCUGGACUAAUCACGUGGUGAAGGAACACAGCGACAAGGUCAAGAUCAUUUCCUGCAUCACAGACCUGGAAGGGGAGGCGAGUGCGAGCUCACCAAAGCAAGACUCUCCUCUCCCUUCCUCUAAAAGCCCUACAAGAUCAAACCUAAGCUUCUCUGAGGAGUCAGCUGAACAGACAUCAGAAAAGAUGCCGGAGAAGUCAGUUCCUGAGAUCUCAUCUUUUCCGUUUACACAGAUGAGUGCAGCAACACCCAACAGCACAGGCGCCUCCAUUUUGUCAAAGAGGUUUGCUUCAUCUGACAGCGCCAAGAACGUUAUAGAAAUGGAUACCAGCAUACUCAAUGAUGAAGACUCCAGGAGCAGCUUAGAGGGUGAUGAUGAAGAUUUGGGUGAUAUAGAUGAUCCUAGUUACACUGGGACCCUAUCAGCUGAUGCAAAGCAGCUUUUGUCUGAUGAGGAUAAUAAAUUACUUGAGACUAAAGGAAUACCAUUCAGAAAGUACAUGAACCGAUUUCAGUGCCCCUUCUGCUCUUUCCUCACCAUGCAUAGACGGAGCAUCUCCCGCCACAUCGAGAAUAUUCACCUUUCUGGCAAAACCACAGUGUACAAAUGUGACGAAUGCCCUUUUAUUUGUACUAGCCCUCUAAAAUUAGGUACGCACAAACAAAGCCACAACCCCACAGACCUGGAAACCAUGGACCUAACAGGAGAUAGUCCCGAACCUCAGAGUGAUGCGACGGAGUCAGUUAACGGGGGUAAUGUAACUUCCAAAGUCAAUGGGAAAAAGUUAACCAGCGCACUGAAUGACCAGCAGAAUCCACACCGCUGCACACUCUGCAGCUUCUCUACGACAACUCUAAAAGGCCUAAGGGUUCACCAGCAGCAUAAGCAUUCAUACUGUGACGAUACAGAUCCUACUGUCUUUGAAAGUCCAUUGACUGACCAGGCAGACUCUGAGAUGGACACGUCUCCAUUAUUGCUACAAAAAACCCAAACCUCAAUUUUAGGACUUGCAACCAAAAAGCCCUUAGGAACAGGGAAAAGAGCCAGAAAGUCCAUUAAUGACCUGCCUUUGGAUUUGUCCUCAGUUAAGAAAAGAACUAGAAUUGAUGAAAUUGCCAGCAAUCUUCAAAGUAAAAUAAGCCAAAGCCAACAGGACAUGAUCAUAAAUUUGGACGACAUGGAUGAUGAAGAUACAGGAGAAAAUCACAGUGGUACUGAUACAGAUGGCAGAAACCAUGACGGUAAAAUUGCUGUCUUUUCUUAUAAUACACAGCAGCUUCAUGCAAGAAAUUUAGCAAUUACUCAUGAGGGUGGCAGAAUAGGGAAGAGAAAAAGCAACCCCAAGUCAAAACCUAGAAGCAUUCCUAUAUCACUGACUCUCUCGGAUGACAGUGAAAACAUAUCUGUUGACCCCAGUGACAGCAGCACACUUCAAGAUAACAAUGAAUAUUCAGAAGAAGCUGGAACUACACGUUUCUACUGCAAACACUGUGAUUACCACAACAAAUCAGCUCGUAGCGUCAGCACCCAUUACCAGAGAAUGCACCCCUACAUCAAAUUUAGCUUUAAAUACAUCCUGGACCCGGAGGACCAAAGUGCGGUUUUCCGAUGCUUAGAGUGCUACAUUGAAUAUACAAAUUAUAAUGACCUACAUCAACACUAUAUGGAUCACCACCCCGAAGCAAGUAAUGUGCUCAACUUCAACCAGCCCAAUCUGAUAUACAUGUGCCGUUUCUGUUCAUACACAAGUCCUAAUGUCCGUAGUCUAAUGCCUCAUUACCAAAGAAUGCAUCCAACAGUAAAAAUAAAUAAUGCUAUGAUUUUCUCCAGCUAUGUUGUUGAGCAAUCUCACAAGACAGGUGAAUCGCAGACGCUGAGGGAAAUAUUAAACUCUGGCCCCAAGAAUUUCAGCACAUCUACCCCAAGGUCCACCUCGAGCCCAGUACUGAAAAGUGUUUCCAAGACCCCCGAAACCAGCAGUGAAGCUGACCCUCUAAAAGAAGCUAUCGGUGGCAAUGUUGUCAUCUAUGAUUGUGACAUAUGCUCUUUUGCUAGCCCCAAUAUGCACUCUGUCUUGGUUCACUACCAGAAAAAACACCCAGAGCAAAAGGCUUCUUAUUUCCGUAUACAGAAAACCAUGAAGGUCGUCUCAGUGGAUCAGUCGCACCCUGCUGCCAACUCUUCAUUUAAUCUGAGCAUGGCUUCUCCAAAACCAUCGAGUGCUGCAGGGUAUGGGUCAGAUGAAGAAAUGUACUACUGUAAACACUGCGUGUACAGCAACAGAUCUGUUGUUGGUGUGUUAGUCCAUUAUCAAAAAAGACAUCCAGAGGUAAAAGUGACUGCAAAAUAUAUAAAAUACGGUCCUCCAACUCCUGGACUGAUGAAAUUAAUGGAUGACUUGCAAAUUGCAACACCUAAACAGUUUUUGAAGCAGCUUCAAAAUAAUGGUCAUGAUGGGUCCAACCACUCCAGUCCAAAACUAGGAAGUGGUGAGAAAGGAGAAGAUGAACUGUUCUUUUGUCAGCACUGUGAGUAUGGCAACCGCACUGUAAAAGGGGUACUUAUUCAUUACCAGAAGAAGCAUAGGGACACCAAGGCCAAUGCAGACCUCGUACGUCGUCACACUGCAGUUGUUCGUAGUCAGCGAGAGCGCGCACAGAUGGUUCAGUCAAGCAGUGUUUCUUCUGCUGUAGUCCCUGCGCCUCCAGACCCUGAAACUAGUACAACACUGCGAUCCCUAAAGUGCAGACACUGUUCCUAUACAUCCCCUUAUGUCUAUGCCCUUAAGAAGCAUCUGAAGAAAGAGCACCCCACUGUGAAGGCCACAGCUAUGACCAUCUUACAUUGGGCUUAUCAAGAUGGCAUUUUGGAGGCAGGCUACCACUGUGAGUGGUGCAUUUACUCCCAUGCUGAACCUCAAGGCCUGCUGCUUCACUACCAAAGACGUCACCCUGAGCAUAAUGUUGAUUACACUUACAUGGCCAGCAAGCUAUGGGCUGGUCCAGAGACUACCCAACAAGGGGCCAGCUCAGAAGCUAAACAUUACAAAUGCAAAGACUGUGCCUUCGAGGCGUGUUCCAUAUGGGACAUCACUAGUCACUAUCAAGCAGUCCACCCUUGGGCUAUCAAAGGAGAUGAAUCUGUACUUUUGGAUAUCAUCAAAGGGAAUGAGUCAGCUGAAAACUUUAGCCAGUUGCUCACCAAAGAACCCACAUCUUUCAAUUGCCAGUCUAUUGAAGAUGAUGGAGCACUGGUCAUUGCUACCCCUCCUCCAGAAAGCGCCCCCCAUCCUGUCCACCCACGUCUUUCCAUCUCUAACAACCCAUAUCAGUGUACGGUAUGUCUCUCUGAGUACAACAGUCUCCAUGGCCUCCUGACUCACUAUGGAAAGAAGCACCCAGGCAUGAAGGUAAAAGCAGCAGAUUUUGCACAGGAGGCUGACAUUAACCCCAGUUCUGUGUAUAAAUGUCGACACUGUCCGUAUGUAAACUCUCGUAUCCAUGGGGUCCUAACUCACUACCAGAAGAGACACCCACUUGUGAAAGUGACUGCGGAAGACUUUGCAGAUGAUAUUGAGCAAAUCAGUGACUUAAAUGAAGGCGAUGACAAGUGCAAAACCCAGAGGCAGGGCUAUGGUGCAUACAGAUGCAAAAUGUGCCCCUACACACAUGGGACGUUGGAAAAAUUGAAAAUCCAUUAUGAAAAAUACCACAAUCAGUCAGCAUCUGAUAUGUUCACUCCCUCUCUGACAAAUUUCGCCACCACUAAAGAUACAGAACCAGUAGCUGAGUGCAGUGCCAGUAAUAUUUCAAGUGCAACAAAAGUCCAAGAGGUCAGUGAACUGGACUUUGGUCUCUCCCAGUUACCCAUGAAUAAGACAGAGAAGCAUGCUGUGUUCAAGUGUCAGCUCUGCAAAUACUUUUGCUCCACAAGGAAAGGCAUUGCUCGCCACUACCGCAUCAAGCAUAACAAUGUCCGUGCUCAGCCUGAGGGUAAAAACAAUGUCUUCAAAUGUGCAUUGUGUUCAUACACAAACCCCAUACGCAAAGGCCUGGCUGCACACUAUCAGAAGCGCCAUGAUAUUGAUGCCUAUUACACCCAUUGUCUGGCCGCCUCCAAGACUUUGAGCGACAAGCCUAACAAGGUGAUGGCACCCUUGCCAUCAGAAGGGGAAAAUACAGAAAUGAGUGAAGACUUGCGUUUGGCUGUGGAGAGACGAAAAUGCUCUCUGUGUUCCUUCCAGGCCUUUAGCAGAAAGAGCAUUGUCUCACACUACAUUAAACGCCACCCUGGUGUCUUCCCUAAGAAGCAGCACGCUAGCAAGCUUGGCCGCUAUUUUACUGUUAUCUAUGCCAAAGAACCUGAGAAAAUGGUGGAUAGUGGCCUGGCAGAAGAUGAAAAAGAAGGGCUUGAGGUUCCACUUGAACAUGAGCAGGAGAGGGAGGAUGAAUGGCUUCCGUUCAAGUGUUUAAAAUGCUUCCGAUUGUCCUUCAGCACAGGUGAGCUGCUCUCUAUGCACUACAACGACCACCACAACAAUGACUUGAAGCGGGACUUUGGGGUGUCGCCUGGUCCUGGGGAUGAAGACUGUGAACUCUAUCAGUGUUCUCACUGUGAGCUAAAGUUUUUAAGUCUCCCGGCUAUGGCAAGGCAUCUAAUGAACCACAAUGAGGAGUUUCAGAAAAGGGCCAUGAGGCAGGAGAGGAGGAAGCAGCUUCUAAGCAAACAGAAAACUGCUGAAAUACCUGACACUAAAGCUGAGAAGGAAGGACCUGUAAUCAAAACUCCCAUAGGUUUUAGGUGUAACUUUUGUGUGGAGGUGCACUCCACCCUCCGAGCCAUCUGUAACCACCUUAGGAAGCAUGUGCAGUACGGAGAAGUCAAAGAGGGACACGUCAAGCAAGAAGUCAGUGAGAUCCCCUUGACCCUGCCUUCAGAAAACCUGACAAAUGGUGACCUGGAAGGGGAAGGAGCUGCUGACGCCGACAGCCUCAAGAGACCUAUAGUUACACCGAUGGCUCCAUCCCUGAUUUCCCUAGACUCUGAUGGGGUCAGUGUUGCCACUGAUGCACUAGAACCAGAAAUGGAUGGUAUUGAAGGACGGGCAGCAGCUCUUGUAGCUGCAGCAAGGGCCGUUGUGUCAGGGGGUCAACUGAAACAGCGAUUAUCCGCAGGGGGUCACCCGUGCGCCCAGUGCGACAGAGUCUUCAUGUCCAUGCAGGGCCUGAGGUCCCACGAGAGGAGCCACUCAGCCAUGGCACUGUUCAGCAGAGAGGACAAAUACAGCUGCCAGUACUGCCAGUUUGUCUCACCUUUCAGGCACAAUCUGGACAGACAUGUGCAGUCACACCAUGGGCACCACAAGCCCUUCAAGUGCAAGCUUUGCCCCUUUAAAUCUGCCUACCUGAGUCGCUUGAAGAGCCACCUGCAUAAGGCGCACACAGGUGAGCAGCACAUGUACAAGUGCUUGUCCUGCCCCUUCUCCUCCACCACCAUCAGCCAGCUGAAGGAGCACUCUCUGAGAGACCACGGUGAAGCGCUGACCCUCCCCAAACUCCGGGCUGCUAACCAGGCCGCCCACGUCGCUCUCAAACCAUCCCGGCUCCUCAGUCACUCAGAGCAGGCUCCUCUGACCUCAGAUGACCCAUCAUACCUGGAGCCAGCGGAUGUUCGGCAGCAGCUUAGUCAUUACCAGCUGGCUUCCCGCAGUCAAAUGUCUUCCGGCUCAACACCUGGUGGUUGUACAGCAGCUGACGGCCGACCAGACGGCAUCCUCACAUGUGAGUUCUGCGAGUUCAGCUCCGGAUAUAUGCAGAGCCUGCGACGGCACUACAGGGACCGCCACGGUGGCAAGAAGCUCUUCAAAUGCAAAGACUGCCCCUUUUUCACCUGCUACAAGAAUAACUUCACCAUGCAUGUGGAGGCUGGUCACAACAACACUGCACCUGACGACCUCCCUAAAGACCUGCGCUGCCCCCUCUGCCUCUACCACACCAAACACAAGAGCAAUAUGAUUGACCACAUUGUCCUGCACAGAGAGGAACGCGUGGCUCCACUAGAGGUGAGCCGCUCCAAGCUUUCACGCCACCUUCAGGGCCUGGUUUUCCGUUGCCAUAAAUGCACUUUCACAUGCUCCAGUGACCAGGCUCUGCAGCUGCACCUCCAGAAACACGCUGAAGUCAAGCCCUACCAGUGCCAGCUCUGUUAUUACGACAGCAGCCGAAGGAGCCAACUGGAGGAGCACCUCCGCCUUGAGCACAAGGUGAUCCGUAACUUUGAGCUGAUGGGUCGGGUCAACCUGGACCAGCUGGAGAUGAUGAAGGAGCACGGCAGCAGCGCAGAGGAGGAAGAUGACCAAGACCUGAUGGAGAUGGUAGUGGAUGGAAAAGACAGCAUGGAAGAAGAGGAUGAAGGGAUGGAUAUAAUGGAUAACAUGGAGGAGGAGCUGAGAGAGAUGGACGAUGAUGUGAUGGAGGAUAACAUCAAAGAGGAAGACGAAGAGGAUGAGGAGGAGGAGGAGGACGAGGAAGAGGAAGUCAAGAAGGUUGAAGCAGAGAAGCCUCAGUUACAAGGGGUCCUUGCUUCUCCUACCAGCAGCAGCGGCAGCAGCUCUAUGCCGAGCAGCGCAGAGAAACGUCUUCCCUGUGAGUUCUGCGGCCGCUGCUUUACUAACAGCCUUGAGUGGGAACGUCAUGUUCUUCGACAUGGCAUGAUGGUCAACAGCAGUCAGAUAGAAACCAGCACCACCUCAGCAAUAGACGCUCCAUCUUCCAUUUGCUCCUCCGUUUUAUUGGACUCUGGCUUAGACUUGUCCAAUAACAGGAAAGAUGAAGGGAACCCCAUCAACGAAUUGCAUAGAAGUCCAAGCCAGUUCCUGGAAGACAAAGAAAUGCUCGACACCAAAAACGAUCAACAGUUUGGCUGAACACAUCAUGGCCUCGUGGGACAUUACUCUAAACGUUAGCAUUGGGUAGGAGCAGCACUGAGCUAGGUGUUUAAAUAGGAUGUUAAAGGAAGCAAAAAGAAAAAAAAAGUGACUUCUUAUGAGUUGGCGCAUUCUUAGAGUUUAGGUGUUACAUAUGUAAGUAUUAGGUUGUGCUGCAUAAAACGGCUGAGCUCGUUAAAUGGGCGGUCCCCUAGGACAGAUAUAUUGGUAACCAAUAGUGAACAGAACUCUUUAUUGCUGACAUUCUGGUCAAACCUACAAUGAAAGAUCCCACCUAGAUAAAACUAAACUAUUUAUAAAGAGUGUUGUCCAAAAUGAUUAAUGACUAAAAUUAGCAUUUUAUUAUUUGAAGCACCUUUUACACUCCCCCCUGCUGAUCCAAGCAGGGGCUCUGUAAAUGUACCUAAAAGCAAAUGAGAUAUGAAAACGUUUUUCAGAUGUGGCCCACUGUAGAGCUUUUUAUGUUUCUUGUUGAAAUUUGACGCUUUUUUUUUCAUCUUAGACUUGUGUUUAAUGUGUAGUGUUCCUUGCGGAAGAGUCGCACCUUAUCUAUUUUAGAAAAAUCAUAUAUAAUUUUUACUUCAUUCGUAGAUACUAUACUGACAGUGCCCCCCCCCCCCCCCCCCCAAUGUUUGUAGCAAAUUGCUAUAUUUUAGGUCCCGUAUUAUACUGCGUAUAAGCCUUCACCCUGUGGCACCUUUCAAACCUGACUGUAAUGUUCUUGUCCAGUUGUUUUAAUCACAACAUCAAAAUCAACAACAUUGGAUUAUCCUCCCUGUACUGUGACAUAAUAUGUGUUGGUGGUCCAAAGCUGAGGUGAUCCUCCGCUAUAACAGAGAAAAUAUGUUAUAAAGUGUCAUAACUGUGCCCAUAUAUGACACACAGUAGGUAUGUGUUAAAAUAAGAACAUGACAACAGCAACAUAUUGUCUGUCAUCACAAACAUGAGGUUACACUUGUCUUUUCAGUGCAAAAAUCUGCAUUAGUGGACGCUGCUAUUAAGUUUUGUUGAUAUAGUACCAAAAUGAGUAGUUCAGAGGAAAGAGUGGACAUUCUGGACAGUCUGGUGAAGGUCUGGUAGAAUAGAUGACAAUGUGCACAGGAUCAAAAAAAGCACCCGACUAAGUGUCCACCAUGGUUCACUGUUGGGGCUAAUAUACAAGUGCCUUAAAAUAAAGUUCUUUUAAAGAUAAUGGCUUUAAGACGAGAAACUACAUUUAAUCAGGAAAAGAACCAAAAUUGAAUUUUUGCUUCAAAAAACGAUGGUUCCAGUCAUGAAAUUCACUUUGCCCCAAAUGUGUCUAGGUGUUAGUCCAUGCAAAGCACAAAAUAUUACACUCUUAAAAAGGAUGUGUUUAAAACAGACACAUGUUUACGCAUCAAUGGGAGAGAUUUGUGUAUUAAUUUUGACACAGUGAAUGUGCCAGGAAGGUUGUGUGUGUGUGUGUUAUUACUACAUUAUGUGCUGUGUUUGGCUGCAUGCACUGUGUCAAAAACACACUUUAAACCCUUGUAACACAGUUUAAUCGGGAUAUGCGUACAUGUUCCACAUAUUCCUUCAAAGAGUGUAAUAAGAUGCAUUUUUUUCACUUAUCUCUAUAGAUAUGGUUAUGACAAUAAUUUGGUUGUCAUGUACAUGAAGUGGAAAUAUUCAUUUAAUAAGAAAAGAAACGGCAACAUCUUUAUCCACAAAACAAAAAAAACAUACCCUGUCUAUUUCCUGGACUGAAAUGCAGAACAUAUGGUAUUCUGUAGGAUGUUUUUCAGUUGUAGUUCCUGUGCGUUGUCUGAAUGUGAGACUUUCAGCUCCAAAUGACUGACAGGAUGGCGUUAAGCAUUUAAAUCCAAUCAUCCCUUUAAAAACUCAUGGACGCUACGGAUAUUUUUUUACAGUCUGUGGUCCUGUGGUUGACUAAAAAAAGGUUCUAGACGUUGCACUGAAAAGACAAGUGUACCCAGGACAGAGCUUGGAAAUCAUGUGUGUGUGCGUAUGUACCAUGUGCCACAGGGACUCUUAAUGUGAAGAUUUACUUUAUAAAGGUGUCAAAUUGCCCCAGAUUGAGCCGUCGUAAUUGUCAUUUCUCGGAGAUACUAGUCAUAGUCUGCAUUUGUGUGCUUCUUUUAAGACGAAGUUCUAGCGUUAUUGUUGAUAUUGACAAUAGGCAGAGAUUGUAUUUGUUGGAAGUUGCUGCUUGAAUGCCCUGAAGCCUUAUAAGAAAGAAAUUGCAAUUGAAUCGAACUGGUGUCAAAUUCCAAUAUGUCCAAUAAUCUGUGAUAAACAGUCUAAAAUAAAUGGCUUAUUGCUCAAAUCUGUUGAAAGGAACACAAUUAAUAUAACUGUGUUCUUGGUACCAAAAUAAUUACCAAGCUUGUUGUGUUUGCUGCUGUGAUUGUAUUUCCUGAACAUUCAACCAUUGAUGGAAAAUGGAAAAUCUGGGUUUGGACCAUAGAAUUAGAGGGGUAUGAGUAGAACCCAGGUGAACUACAUGUUUGCAGCCAUGUAUAGAAAACAAAACUCCUUGUUAAGUGUUUGAACUGUGGUGUUUCAGAAAGGAUAAUUUUACCCUUGUUUUCCUUUAGGUGUUCUCAUUUAAAAAGAAAAAAGAAAAAAAAAAAAAGACAUGAAAAAAUGUUAGAAAACCCCUCUGGGCUUUUUUUGAGUCCCCAAUCUAACAUUAUUACGCUGUUGUACAAUGUCUGGUUCCAAUGAAAAAUAUCUCUUUUUUUUGUACUGUAUUGGGAGUAACAGAUAGGAUGAGAAGUGUGGUUGUACAAUAUUUAAAUCCGUCAAUGCAAAUGAUUACAAUCCUCUACUAUGUGAUGGCGUUUAUUGUGAAGAAAGUUAAGUAUAGCACGGCACAGGAAGAGAUGAGAAAAAAAAUAGUUCCUUUAAAAGAAAACCGCUUGGUUGUUGAGAUUUAGCUGACUCGUGACCAGUCCCAGAUCUGUCACUCCGGUACCUUCUAUCCGUGAGAGGGUAUUAUCUCCGUACAAGCGGUCGACAACAGGUGGGAAUGUAGCAGCCCCACGAUGCUCCCGAGUCCUUAUUACCUUUCAAACAGGUUGAGUUGGUGCUGAAAUCUCAAAGCCGUUUCGUUUAUCUUCUUCUGUUUUAUAGGAUCAGCUUGUAGCUUUUUCAAAGUAACCGUUUGAAAACUGUUGUUGUAGAAAUAAGCUUUGCAAGGCAGCUUGUCACCCAGUUUGAAAACCCAGUGCAAACCGGAAGAUGAAUUGGGACAAUCUGGGCAAUGAAGCUGUCAAACCCAAAAUUGUUUGUUGUUCUGUGAUCAUUUUAAUAGAAAAAUGACUAUGAAUCCCUCACUGUGGGCAGUCUCAAGACUGUAAUAUCCCCUCAUUUUAUCCAAAGUGAAGCCCCUGCUGAUUACACACUGGAUACUUGUAUAUAUGUUUAGUUUGUUUACGAUGCAUUUCUCUUUUCAGACUGUUGUUUCCAUAGUUUGACACUAGAAUCUCUCCUUCUUGCCUUUCUUCCCAUAUAAAUCUGAUUACCUGAUGGUGGGUUGUGAUGUUGCCUAGAAUGAUUGUUUACAAUUUUAUUCCAUUUAUCUCUGGAUAUUCUGUAAAUAUUGUAAUUCAUUGUCUUUUUUUAACUUGAUAAUAAAGUUAUCAGAUAACAGUUA